CUAAGUACAUACACACUUCUUAAGCCGGUAUUGUAAUUUCAAUAAUAGUUCACGUAGGCUCCAGGCCAAACUGUCAUUUGCAGUCCAAUUUUGACUUUAGACACACAUAAUCGGUUGACUUUUGAUUCACUGAGACCUUGUAGAUUAGCAUCAACAUCAAAAUGAGAUUCGAUUCGCAACCGUUGAUUAGUUUCCGGAUUGCGGUUAGUUUCGCAUACAGUGGUUCCGCCAAUGAAGCCAUUUAUGAGGGAUAAGGAUUGGAAUGGUGACUGAUAAUUUCUGGUUCGGAGACACAGAACCCUGAACACAAUGUUAGCCAGGCUAUGCAGACAAGCUCCUAAUGGGGAUCUGAAAAGACGAUACUCCAGAGGAAGCGAAACAGACUUCCGGCCAGUUGAGACGGGAUCUGGACCUGCGGGAGCCCAACCCGCUCAACCGGAUGAGGACAGAAUUUCUUAUGAGGAGAAUGAGUAUACGGUGCAGGCGGUGGACCUGGUGGCGGAUUGUCCGCUGCCGGUAGUGACACCGCCGACGACGCCGUCUUCCUCAAGAACGCCCAGGCCUUUGACACCCGAGGCUUCUUCAAAGAGCAUGGGUCAAAGAUCCAGCUCCCUCUUACGCCCGAAGAUCUCGUUGACGUGGGUCCUUCGUGGUCAACAGCAGCCUGGAAAUACAACUUCCAACAAUGUCAGCUCCAUCAAUCGAAGUCCUGAUCGAGAAAGUCUGUCUUUGGAAGCGAAGGAAAGGUCCUUUAGAAGAAGCGUCAAGAGUGUCAAAAGUGUUAAAAGCGUCAAGAGUGUUAAGAGCAUUAAAAGUGCUAAAACAGGAAAAGAGAAAGAUAGGGGCAAGGAGAACAUCGGGAAUCCUGAUAGUGAAAUAAGUCAUACUGUACUCCAAAGGAUCGAAAAGGACCUAAUCGAAAAGCCAAUCGAGAAGGAAAGACUGAACGGAACUUUAGAAACUACGAUAGACCCUAAGUUAGAGAAGCAUCCGGAAAUUUUGUCUAUAGAAAAGGACGUGAAAGAAAAGGUAAAAAGAGCAAUUUCAGAACCAACUCUCGUUCCCCGAGAGUCCGCUUUGACGCCAAGUGAACGUGAUAAACACAGGCACCGAAAAACAAAACGACCUCAUAAAACUAGACCACCUAGUAGGUUCGGAUACGAAAUUGCUGAUCUCGAUUCCUUUCUAACAAAGGCUUCCAUAGAAAGACCGGCGAAUAUUCCAGUGGUCUUGUCGUUUCCUUCCGUUCUUUAUCAGACCCAAGGGGGAACUCAGGAUGAGGUGGGUCUUCCCCUGGGAACGGUGGUAAACGCUGUCUUCAAAAACCAAGCUUGGCUAUACGUUCAAACUCCUCAUGGUCAAGAAGGCUACGUCGGUUAUGCUGCUUGCUUACCACUAGGAACUUUACCACAGCCAACUCAUGGUCCUUGUUGGGAAGACUCCACUGAUGUUUUCCCCAGACCACUAGGAAAUAUGACGGACACCGAAAAACUGAGGGACAGCAAGUCCGAAUGUGGAACUCGCGGAAGGACGGCUCGAGUUAGACGGGGUUCGAGAGAUGCAGUUUCAACAUGCGGAGAACGCAGCGUCGAUCGACUCUAUUUGAGAGCAGCUGCAAAUGCUAAAACAAAAGGGUCCCGUCACAUUUUGCUCGUCAUCAGAAAUGAUUUCGAGGGUCAGGGAGUCAACGCCAUCAGCGUAAUAAAAGGUGAUGUCGUAGCUCUACUCAGUGAUCACGUCAAAGAUUGGUUUUGGGUAAGAUCACGGGAUGGCAGAGAAGGUUUCAUCCCUGCAGUUAUUGCCGGCCAUGGUUUCUUGUGAUAUUUCAAUUUUACUAGAGUUCGAGUCAGAAUUUCAAAUAUACCUAAACUAAACAUUAGAAAAAGUCAAUUAUAUUUUUUAAUCUAUUCAAAUAGGGUGAUAUUGAAAUUCAGCGUAAAAAAUGUAGAAUGAAUGGAAAUCCUAGACAAAAUGAAAAUCUUAAAGUAAAUUAUUUAGAUCAAGUUUUGUAUAUUUGUAAAAAGAAUUUCUGUCCAUUGCAUGAAAUGUACUGCGUGUUAAUAUAU